AUUCGAAUGGCGGGAAGGAAUCAGAGCCCAAAGCCUACGGUAUAACCUAAAAUAAAUAUUUAAAACAAAAUUUUCCACUGAUUAAUUUGGGCUAAAAUGGGAAAGAGAAAAAAAUUUAGGGUUUCACGCGAUGAAGAAGAGGAGGAAGAAGUUGUCCAAGAAGAAGAGGGAAAUCAGUCUUCUUCAAAUGAAAGGAGCUUAUAUGAGAUUCUCGGUGUUGAAAAGGCAGCAUCCCAGCAAGAGAUUAAGAAAGCAUAUUAUAAGUUGGCACUGAGACUCCAUCCUGAUAAAAACCCUGGUGAUGAGGAAGCCAAAGAGAAGUUUCAGCAAUUGCAGAAGGUUAUAUCUAUUCUCGGUGAUGAGGAGAAACGGGCAGUGUAUGACCAAACUGGUUGCAUUGAGGAUGCUGAUCUUGCAGGGGAUGUUGUUGAGAACUUGAGAAACUUUUUCAGGACCAUGUACAAAAAGGUCACCGAGGCUGAUAUUGAAGAGUUUGAAGCAAAUUACAGGGGGUCUGAUUCGGAGAAGAAAGAUUUGAUUGAUCUUUAUAAGAAGUUCAAGGGAAAAAUGAAUAAGCUCUUUUGUUCAAUGCUUUGUUCGGAUCCUAAGCUUGAUUCACACCGUUUCAAGGACUUGCUUGAUGAGGCAAUAGCUGCUGGAGAACUGAAAGAAACCAAAGCCUAUAAGAAAUGGGAAAAGAAAAUUUCUGAAAUGAAGCCGCCUACGAGUCCCCCGAGGAGAAAGGGGAAAUCGAUUAAACGGCCUGAACCGGAUCUACUUGCAAUUAUAUCUGAGCGUCGAAAUGAGAGGAAAGACCGAUUUGAUUCCAUGUUUUCAUCACUGGUGUCCAGAUAUGGGGGUAAUGCUGAGUCUGAACCCACUGAAGAAGAAUUUGAAGCUGCAAAGAGGAAAGUUGAAAGCCGAAAGGCCUCCAAUAAAUCAAAACGGAAGCGGCAGUAGGUCUUACCAAGAUUUCUUUAUGUAAAUUUGGAUGUGGUGAGAAAUAUGCAAAGUGCAAACAUUGUUUUAACUGUCUGGAUGCGAAUUGCCUCAACUGCUCCAAAAUGUUGCCUUUGUUCUAGUUAAUUAAAAAUUUAAGGUUCAUUUGAAUCUGUCUUA